UAAUAAAUAAUGUCCAACAGUCCAACAUAAAAUAUAAAUUUCUGCUUAGUUUAACUUUAAUAACUUAAAAUUUAAGUGUUUUAAAUAAAAAAAUACAGUCAUAAAUUAAGAAAGGAAGUGAGUAUCCGUGCCAGUGCAAGUUCACGCAGAUCAUAAACAAAAUUAUGUUUCCUUUAAAAAUGUAGAUUGCGUUAAAUUCUGAAUUAAAAUUUGUAUAUAAAGAGAAUUUUGAACAUUUCACGGUACAGUUGCAGUGUAAGCAGCAACAAUACAAAAUGCUCGCAAAGGUCGCAAUUCUCGCCUUGGCUGUUGCCAUCGCACAUGCGUCCAGCGUGGACUACUCCAGCUUCUCGUACGGCGUCCGCGACCCUCAUACUGGCGACGUGAAAGACCAGCGCGAAAUACGCGUCGGUAACAAGGUCGUCGGUCAAUACUCGCUACUAGAAUCCGACGGGACCAAACGCAUUGUGGAUUACGAGGCCAACCCUCAUACUGGAUUCAACGCUGUUGUACGCAAGCAGGGCGUGGCUACUCAUCCCUCCACUCCUGUAUAUAGAAGCUUCGCGUCUCCAUCUUACAUCGGCUCCCACGCGUCAUCUGUUUCCGCUGGCUACGCUCCUCCCGUCCUGGCUACGCCAUUAGCCGCAGCAAAUUACGGAGGCUACGCCCAAAGCUACAGUAGCCAGGCAUCGCCUUUGGCCUACGGUGGCUACAACGGGCUCGCCUCUGCUGGUUAUGGCUACGGCGCUGGAUUAGGCUACGGAGCCGGGUUAGGCCACGGUGGUGGUCUGGCGUGGUAGCUUCUUAACUUUUCCUGAUAAAUGAACUAAAGCAUGUCUAUGGAUUAGCAAAAUCAUUAUAAUUGUUUAAAACUAGUUUUUACGGGUUAAAGCACGAAACUUUAUUUAUUUAUUGACGUUUCGUAGCCUUUACAGGCU